AUGGAGGCUACUUCGCAAAAUGCCGGGCAGCAGCAGGGCAGGCAGCAACCUGUAUAUGAUAUCAGAAAUGGUGGGCAUUAUGGUGCCAGUGCCGCUCUCUCAGCACAAGGAUAUGCACCAGUGGCUGAAUUGUAUACUGGCACCUGGGCAAAUGUCAACCAAGGUCUACAAGGGACAGCCCGUGAUGUUCUUACAACAUACUGGCAACACGUAAUCAACCAUCUCGAAUCUGAUAACCAUGACUAUAAAAUACACCAACUGCCAUUGGCACGCAUAAAGAAGGUCAUGAAAGCUGACCCAGAGGUCAAGAUGAUCUCAGCAGAGGCGCCUAUUCUAUUCGCAAAAGGGUGUGAUAUCUUCAUCACUGAGCUAACCAUGCGGGCGUGGAUCCAUGCCGAGGAUAACAAACGUCGCACCUUGCAGCGAUCUGACAUUGCAGCCGCUCUUUCCAAGUCUGACAUGUUUGAUUUCCUCAUUGACAUAGUGCCACGGGAGGAGGCGGCCUCUCAUGCAAAGCGGUCCAGCCAGACAGGUGGAGCUCCUGUAAGCUCUUCUGCACCAGGGGCUACAGGUCCACUGCCACCGUCUCAACCUGGCGUUCAACAUCAGCACCACAUGGCUCCGCCUGAUUACGGAUCUCUGGGCCAGCAUGGUAUUCCUCAAGAUCAAGAAUACAGACCUCAGCCCACCAUGUAUACAGGGGCGGUGCAGUCGGAUCCAACCGCAGCAUAUGGCCAACCGCAAUCUCAAAUGUUUGAGGGAAUGUAUGCUGCUUAUCCGCAUCUACCGCCACAACAGUGA